CGGCCGCCGCCACAGCGGACGCUGUGCGUAGAACACGUUUUGCAAAAGAAAAUAAAUACCCAGCAACAGUCGUCGUGAACGAGUGCUCGCCGCUUUUAUUUCGGUACUUCAAGACGAGUGACAAGAGCUCAGCGCGUUCGAACAUUUCUUUUUUCUUUGAAAUAAAAUUCUACAAUUUUUUUUUCUCCGCCGUCCGACGCUGCACAAUUGCCACCGCUGCCGCCGCCGCCGCCGCCGCCGCCACCACCGCUGCCCGUUCAAUCGCGUGUGCAGAUACGUUCGGAAGUAUACGUAAAAAAAAAAAACAUUUACAAUAAAUAAUUAUUAUCGAUACACAUUAAUGACCGUCGCCCUAGGGUCAUUUGCACACAGAGUCCUUGACACUAAACCGUUUCCGUUGAGUGCGCUCUUCCCGCCGUUUUUUUUUUCAUUUUCCGUCGUGCAGUUAAUGUCCAUUGUUGUGUCGGCGGUAUCAUUGUGCUCUGCGACCGUCGUGAAAUCCACUCGUCUCCGCCGUAGUCGUAGCUACUGCUACCGCUACCAUAAUACUAUUUCUACUUCAAUCACUAUUACUUAAUAUAUUAAUACUAUUACUAUUACUUUUACUACUACUAUACUACUACUACUACUACUACUACUACUAUUACUGUAUACUACAGCUCUACAACUGUUGCCGACGAUUUUUGCUGCCAUGUAUUUGCUAAUCAACUCGCUCUUCAGUCAGGUUCAAUUCAAUCAUAUUUACGUAGAGGGAAGUAUACUCCUUGUACUUUUGUGGAUAUUGUUUAAAAAAGCCAUAAGUUCCUCAAAUGUAAAAAGGAUCGAAUUAUCAGAAAAUUCGGACGUAGAGCAAAAGAUUAAAUCGUGGACUCCAAAACCUAUAGUAAAUACAAUUUCCUUGUCUGCGUUACCAAUGGAAAACUAUGUUAUUGAUGGCAAGACUGCACAUUAUAUCACAAUUAAUGGCCAAUCGUGUAUAAAUUUUGCAACUCACAACUAUUUUAAUUUCAUCAGCGACAAAUCAAUUGAAAAUAAUGUAAUAGAUGCGGUGAAUAAAUAUGGUAUUGGUUCUUGCGGACCUAGGGCAUUUUACGGCACAUUUGAUAUACACAUUGAACUAGAGGAGAAGAUUGCUAAAUUCAUGGAAAUGGAAGAAGCCGUUAUAUACUCGUAUGGAUUCUCUACUGUUACUAGCGCCAUCCAAGCAUACGUUAAGUCUAAAGAUAUUGUAUAUGUGGAUGAAGAAGUGAAUUUUGCAAUACAAAAGGGCUUACAAGCUUCUAAGGCAGAACUAGUGUACUUCAAACACAACUGUCCAGAAGAUUUGGAACGGUUGAUCUUAGAGAAAAAUUCAACAAAGAGAACAAGAAACAGAAGAGCGUUCCUGAUCGUCGAAGGAAUUUAUAUGAAUACUGGAAAUAUUUGCAACUUGCCAAAAUUUAUUGACAUUCGAAUAAAACAUAAGAUUCGUAUAUUCAUUGACGAAACUGUAUCAUUCGGCGUUCUUGGUGAUAAAGGUCGUGGAAUUACAGAACACUUUAAUAUACCGAAAGACGAAGUCGACCUAAUCAUUGGAAGUUUAGAGACAUCCUUGUCAUCAGUUGGUGGUUUUUGCGUAGGUUCAACAUUUGUUGUCGAACAUCAGAGGCUAUCUGGUCUUGGCUACUGUUUUUCUGCAUCGCUACCGCCACUACUAUCAGCGGCCGCUAUCAAAGCUUUGGACCAAAUUGAAAAACAUCCAGAAAUGUUGGUAACAUUGCGAGAAAGGAGCAUAAGUCUACAUAGAAGUAUUUGCAAUAGCCAACUGACCAAACAUUUUAUACUAGAGUCUGAUGCAACAAGUCCAUUAAAACAUUUGUACCUAAUAGAUAAGUCCCUAUCACUCACAGAACAACAGCAAAUAUUGAACAAGAUUGUUGAUUACUGUAUAUCAAAAGGUGUAGCGAUUACUACAGCUGCAUAUUUAAGUAAUCGUGAAUACAAGAUACCUACGCCCAGCAUCAGACUUCUCAAUAGUAUCAAAACAACAGACGGAGAAAUCGAUUUCCUAAUAAAUACACUUUUGCAAGCUGUCAGUGUGUCAAGUUCGAAAAUACAAAUAUUAUAAAAAACGAUGCGGUUUUAUUCAAUGCUCAUUGCUCACUCAAUAUACAUUAUGGUCGCUAUCUAUAUUAAUAUUAUAUCAUCUCUACAAAACAUGCAUUGUAAACUAUACUUAUUUUUUUUUUUACAUUAAUUUACUUUACACUAUAUACAAAAUGUGACAAUUUGUAAUCGAUUAAAUAUGAACUAUUUCCUAUCUAUCACAAUAACGAUAAUAAAAACAACAAAUGUAAUAAUUAUUAUUUUUUCAA